ACAGAGACUCAUGACGUAUCAUAAUUUUGUUCAUGCUUAACACAUAACAAGUGAAGCCAGCGCAGAAGUGGCUUGAGCCUGACGUCAUUCUAAUGGCUGGGUUUUCUAAUGGGUUAAUGGACUCAACAUGAUGUGAUGGGUCACGGCGCAGUUUUCAGGUUUCCUUAAAGAAGACUUCAGUUUGCAGAUAGAUCCAGAGAGCUGAGACUGUGUGUGAAUCUCCUGCUCUCUGCACGUUUCCCGUUGAAGCUGCGGAUUCAUUUCAGCUUCAUGCAGAUUAUUUUCACCAUCAGAAGGUGAAGAUAGAACAACUCUGUGAUGGACGUGGACCUGAAUCCACCUGGUGUAGCCUCUUCUGUGGAUUGGUGUGAGCACAGAAAGGUGGGAGUCCCUCCCACUGAAUCCACUCUGUGUGGGGAACAUGAGAGCCAGAUCAAAGCUCAGAGGGUAAGGCAGCAGGGCGGACCAGACUCUCCCGGACCUGGAGCUGAUCCUGAACCGAGCUGGGUGUCUGAAUCCCUGAAUAGUGAACGGGUCAUGAACAUUUACACUCCCAUCUCUCAGAUGCCAUUCUCUGACAAAACACCAAAUAAAAAGCAGACAUUCGAUCCUUGUGUAACCACAUGUCAGACUGUGACAACCAGUGGCUCCGUCAUCCGCGAAACUAACUUUAAAGGCUCAACAGAUGAGCAGCAGCAGAGUUUAAAGGUUCCCCAUCACCAGCCUGAUAGUGGAUACCAAACAGCUCUGCAGGACAUAUUUAUGCAACUUGAGGAGAACAUUAUGAGAUUUGUGAAGACCGAGCUGAAGAGGUUCCAGGAGGUCCUAAAUCCAGAUUACAGAGACGGUGGACUUGAUCAGAGUGAAGGUGAGGGCCUGGGUGGUACAGCUGAAGAGCAGAAGAGCAGCAGACAGUCAUUUCUGAAGAUCACACAACACUUCCUGAGGAGAAUGAAGCAGGAGGAGCUGGCCAACUGUCUACAGACCAGAACCCAUGCUGCAGAGUGCCAACGUACACUCAAAGUUCAUCUACAGAAAAACAUCCAGUGUGUGUUUGAGGGGAUCACUAAAGCAGGAAACCCAAAUUUUUUUAAUCAGAUCUACACAGAGCUCUACAUCACAGAGGGAGGGACUGCAGAGGUCAAUGAUGAACAUGAGGCCAGACAGAUUGAAAGAGGGGAAACUGCUUCCUUCUGCUUGCAUCUGGAUAACCACAAGACCUGUAGCAGCCAGUCAGAUCCCUCCUGA